GAGGAGGAGAUACGUGUAGCCUGGCUCCUGGCUUAGCAUUAGCAACACUUAGCUAUAGGCGGAGGCGCAACAAGCUCCCUGAACGCCAAAAAAUAAGUACUCUUGUCUUGAUUUGUCCCCCCCUUGGAAAACUCGUGUAUGUGUUUGUACCGCUGGAUUAACAGUUGAACCCGACGUAACGUUAGCCCGAAAGAUAUGGUGAUGGCGCGGUCAUGUGUGCAGCCAGCACUGUGUGUGUGGAGAUGGUUUUAACAGACGCCGUUCUGGAGGACUCAGGAACACUGCACUGGCCUGGAGAAGCCUCAUAAACAAGCACACACACACCUGUACACUAGAAGAUUUACACACACACACUCCGCCACCGCCGUGGAACAGGGACACGGGCGCACAUAGCACAAGCUUCCCCUGAAGCACACACACAUUCACACCCUCUGUGUGUGUCAGCCUCUCCACCCAAAACGUCCUAGCUCUGCUCCAUCCUCACCGCCACCAUGCCGAGCUCCACCAUCCGCCGGCAGAUGAAGAACAUGGUGAACAACUACUCCGACGCCGAGAAGAAAGUCCGGGAGGCCACCUCCAACGACCCGUGGGGCCCGUCGUCCUCGCUCAUGUCCGAGAUCGCCGACCUCACCUACAACGUGGUCGCCUUCAGCGAGAUCAUGAGCAUGAUCUGGAAGCGGCUCAAUGACCACGGCAAGAACUGGCGCCACGUCUACAAGGCCCUCACGCUGCUCGACUACCUGAUCAAGACGGGCUCAGAGCGCGUGGCGCUGCAGUGCAAGGAGAACAUCUUCGCCAUCCAGACCCUGAAGGACUUCCAGUACAUCGACCGGGACGGCAAAGACCAGGGCAUCAACGUCCGGGAGAAGAGCAAGCAGCUGGUGGUCCUCCUCAAAGACGAGGAGCGCCUCAAAGGAGAGCGGUCUCAGGCGUUGAAGACCAAAGAGCGAAUGGCCCAGGUGUCCACAGGGAGCAGUCAGAUGGGUUUUGGCCGAGGCUCGUCUCAGCCCAACCUCUCCACCUCCUACAGCGAAGAGUACGGCAGGUCGGAGGGCUCACCCGCCUCCUACCACGGCUCCACGUCUCCCAACGCGGGCUCAGAACUGGAGCAGGCCAGACCCCAGACCAGCGGAGAGGAGGAGCUGCAGCUGCAGCUGGCUCUGGCCAUGAGCCGAGAGGCGGCAGAUCAGGAGGACCGCAUACGCAGAGGGGACGACCUGCGACUACAGAUGGCCUUGGAGGAGAGUAAGAAAGGAGGUCCAGAAUCAGCAAAACUGGCCAAGAAGAAGAGAGAGCCUCAGUCCUCUCUGAUGGAUCUGAUGAACGUCCCAGAGCCUGGUGCCACUGCUGACCCCUGGAGCGCGGGGGCCGGAGCCGGGGCCGCCGCCGCCACCGCACCAAAGGACCCCUGGCAGUCUUACGGGUCUGCACCUAAGCCAGCAGCCCCAGUGGACCCGUGGGGGGCCACUCCUUCUGUCCCGCCCAUGAAGAGCAGUGAUCCCUGGGCAUCCAACUCCACUCCUGCCGCCGACCCCUGGGGCUCCGCAGCCACCCGCCCUAAGACUUCCAACCCAGGUAGCUUUGACCUGUUCAAUGCAUCCAACGGUACGUCUAAAGAGGACUUCUCAGAGUUUGACAGCCUGCGCUCUUCCUCCUCUGUCCCCACUGGCGACGGGGGCGUGGCCAGUCUCACCAGCAGCGGCAGCCUGGACCUCUUCGACCCGCUGCCCAGCUCCAUGUCCAUGUCCGGCAUUACGAACCCGACCAGAAAGACUCCAGAGUCCUUCCUGGGUCCCAAUGCGGCUCUGGUCAAUCUGGACUCUCUGGUGACCAAACCAGCCCAGCCGCCGCCCGUCGUCAACCCGUUCUUAGCUUCAACAGGCGGCUCUACUCCGGCUCCAGCAGCCCACGCCAACCCCUUCCAAGUGACCCAGCCAGCACCCCCCACCCUCAACCAGAUGCGGGUCAGCCCCAUGCCCUCCGGCUUCGGCUUGGUGGAGCCCGUCUCCUCGGUGCCAGCUCAGCCCGUUGCGGGCAUGGCCCGCGUGAUGCCCGGAAUGGGGAUCGGAGGCGUUGGGAUGAAUACGAUCCCGUCCUCCAUGUCCAUCCCACAGCCCCUGAUGAGUAUGCCAGCCCAGGCCGGGGCGCAGCCCGGCGGAACCACCAACCCUUUCCUUUUGUGAGGGGGGGGUGAUGGGGGGACGACUUGCCCCAGAGUAACCCCUCCUCCCCCCCCUCUCUCUGUGUCUCUGUUUCACUUUGGCUCCUUAAGAAGCUUCGAAAUGAACAAGGAGAUGUCUUAUCCCAUUUAUCCCUUCAUAACCAACUCAAAGCCAGGUCGUAGUCCCAGCCUGACCCCCACACCUUAACACACUCCUCUACUCCUCCCUCCCCCGUCUCUUUGUGUCAGUGCUCCAAGCUGCCUAGUCCCGUGUGUUCCAUACUGAUGUCUUCAGACUCAGAGUAGCCGUGGUGUUUACAGGUUUUUCCACAGAGGUGGGACAGGAGCCAGUCCCCCCCCUUGUCCUCUUGUGUUCACUCACCUCCUCCUCCCUUAGGACUGCUCUUUUUCUUCUUCUUCUGUGGUGGAGUGAUGAGACAGUCCUGACCAUACUAACGCCAGGAUCUUAUCUCUUCACUAGAGCUAAUCUUUUAUAAGCCCUGUCAGCCGGUGUGUGUGUGUCUGUGUGUGUGUGUGUGUGUCUAUGUGUGCACAUCUCAGUACUUUUACACUGUGUAUAUUCCAGUGGGUUUUACUUAUACACACUGGAGUAUGGAUGAGCGAUGGUCAGGUGUCUGUGUGUGUGUGUGUGUGUGUGUGUGUGUGGGUGUGUGUGUGUGUGUGGGUGUGUGUGUGUGUGUGGGUGUGUGUGUGGGUGUGUGUGUGUGUGUGUGUGUGUGUGUGUGUGUGUUACUAAGCAGGGAUUUUGCACAACUUUUUUUUCGUCUUCUGUCUGCGACUGUUGGGCUCACCGUUACACCUUAGCUAAGGGAGGGAGGCUCACACCACACACUGCCUCGUCUUUAGGUACCACUCAGUCACAACUCUCGUCUGGUCAC